AUGAAUAGAUUACCUAUUCGUAUUUUUAAUAAUAAUACAACGAAAUAUUAUGCUAGUAAUAUUUCUCAAAAAUUUACUCAAAACAAUCAAUUUAAUGGCGCAAAAAACUUAAAUAAAAUUAGCAAUACCCCUCACAAUGAUAUUUUCAGCACAUCACUUUUUAAAAGAAAUGAAAAUAUUUUAUCAUUAAACAGAGAAUUUUCAACAACAAAACCAUUACUUUCAUUUAGAAAAAGAGCAACUUCUAUAUUUUCAGGAACAGAUAAAUUAAAUAAUCAAGAUCAAUUAAAUAAUAAUAAUUUAAAUGUAGGACAACCAAUAAAAGUACAAGUUGUUCAAUCAAAAUUUAAAGUACUUUUAUUUAUAUUGGUUGCUGGAGCUAUUAUAUAUUAUUUUUAUUCAAGUAAAGGUAAGGAUAAGGGAGGAAUAAUGUCAAUUUUAACAAGUAAACCAUUCAAAACCUUGGUGGAGAGACCAAAUACAACAUUUGCUGAUGUUAUGGGAGCUGAAGAGGCAAAGGGAGAAUUACAAGAUUUGGUAGAUUUCUUACGUAAUCCAGAGAAAUAUUAUAGACGUAAUAUAGUUAUGCCAAAGGGUAUAUUAUUGGUUGGACCACCAGGUACAGGUAAAACUUUGUUAGCCAAAUCAUUGGCAGGAGAAGCACGUGUUUCAUUUAUCACCAUCAAUGGUUCAGAGUUUGAAGAGGCAUUUGUUGGUGUUGGUGCAAAACGUGUACGUGAACUCUUUGAGGCCGCAAGAAAGAAUUCACCAUGUAUCGUAUUCAUUGAUGAAAUUGAUUCCGUUGGUGGAAGUCGUACAAAGCGUGUAAAUUAUCAUCCAUCUGAAGCUUUAAAUCAAUUGUUGGUAGAGUUGGAUGGUUUCGAUGGUAGAGAGGGUGUUAUGGUUAUGGCUGCUACCAACUAUCAAGAUUCUUUGGAUACCGCUUUAAUUCGUUCAGGUAGAUUCGAUCGUAUCAUUCAAGUACCAUUACCAGAUGGAAAGGCAAGAAAAUCAAUCAUUGAUCAUUACCUCAAGGAUAAACCAAUUGCUUCACAUGUAAAUACAACUACUAUCGCCCAAAGUACACCAGGUUUUAGUGGUGCCGAUCUUUUUAAUCUUGUCAAUUGGGCCGCUUUGGAGACAACCAAACAUAACCUACCAGAAAUCACCAUGGAACAAUUGGAGAACGCAAAGGAGAACUUGAUGAUGGGUAAAGAAAGACAUAGUCUAUUGAUGAGUGAUGAAGCAAGAAAGAUUUGUGCAUUCCAUGAAGCUGGUCAUGCUUUGGUUGCUAUAAUGACACCUGGUGCUAGAACCGUUCAUAAAGCAACCAUCAUGCCAAGAGGUGAUGCUUUAGGUUUGGUUAGUAUGUUGGAAAAAGAGGAAACCUUUGUUACAAAGAAACAAUUGAUCGCUCAAAUGGAUGUUGCAAUGGGUGGUAGAGCCGCUGAAGAACUCAUUCUUGGCAAGGAAAAUAUUUCUCAAGGCGCAAGUAGUGAUAUUCAAAAGGCUACCUCUAUCGCAAAAGCAAUGGUUUCAAAUUAUGGUAUGUCUGAAAAAGUUGGUCAAAUUUAUAUUCAAUCCGAAAAGAAACUUAGUUCAGCUCAAAGAGAAUUGGUUGAUUCUGAAGUUAAAUCCCUUUUAGACUCUAGUUAUAUCAGAGCUACUCAACUCUUAAAGAAAUACUCUAAAGAACAUCAUUUAAUUGCAAAUGCACUUUUGGAAUAUGAAACUUUAUCUUUGGAUGAAAUCAAAGAUAUCAUUGCAAGCAAAUCCUUAGCCAAUAAAAAAAAUAGAGAACAACUUAUUAAAGAAAGAGAAGAAUUAAAAAAAAAACGUGAUGAAGAUUUUAAAAAGCAAAAAGUUUUUAAACCAACCAUUUUAACUCAACCACAAUUUAAUUUUAUACCUAUUGAUGAUCCAAAAAAUAAUAAUAAUAAUAAUAAUAAUAAUAAUAAUAAUAAUAAUAAUAUUAAUAAUAAUAAUAAUAAUAUUCGUAUUAACGAAAACAAUCAAUUAUCAAAAAAUGAACAACAAAAUAUUAUUGAAGUGAGAAAACAAAUUUUGGAAAAUGACAAGAACCAACAAAUUGAAAUUCCAGUUGAAUCCAAAAAGCAAAAUAAUCAAACUAAUAUAAAAGUAGAUUCAACAAAUGAUAAAUAG